GGGAUUUGAAGUCAUUGGUGUAUUUGUCUGCGGUUCCAAGUCUUUUCUGAUUCGUCUGUGUUUUUCUUGAGCCAUAGGUUUAAGCGAAUCCGAGUCGUGACUUGGUUUGCAGGAAGGAUCGCCGUUGUCUGCAGGACAUGGAAGCUGUGCACCAUCGUCCAUACCCUUAAUUCCUUCGCUCUCAACUUCAGCUGGAUUGAAAAGACCAAUGUUUAGCAUCUUUUUUCUUAAAGUGUACUAACAAACUUUCAAACUUUUUGUUUUAUAGAUUGUAAAAAGUCUUUGUAAAACGAUUCCUUAUGUUUUUAAAUAAUAAAUUGCAAUCAAUUGUUUAUUGUCCUCAGAAUUACUAUCUAUAAAUAUGUCAAAGACUACUAAUUUUGUAGUUUUUAGAUUUUCAUGAUAAUAUAAAACUAAAAUGUUGUAAAAAUACCUGCUAUAGAUGACUUUAGUGUUGUUCCAAGAUGAGUUUCAUGAUCAAGAUUCCUCGUCCAGUUGUCCGGACCGGUGGCCUGAAAAUAUUCAGGUAGUUUACUGUUUUUAUUAAGUUCAAAAUCAAAAUUCAAUUUAAAAGUAUACUUAAGAGAAACCAUUUUAUCAAGCUAUGAAUUGUAGAAGGGUGUUAAUUGUUAUUGGCUAUUUUAUUUAAAAUGUCUUCCAGUACACUUGAAUGCCGUUUCUCGGUUAAGAUUACUUACCGGUAUCGGUUUGGCAUAGACGGUUUGGCGUCCACGUCCAUCAGGUCCUGCUCCAAACAGGCAGAAAAGCGUCAGCAAUGUUACCACGAUCAUAAUUAUCGUAGGAACACUUCGAAUUUCACAGAAAUUUAACCCUAAAUUUCCACAGUACACUAGCAAAAUGCAAGCACCCGCUCGUGUCAACAAAUAAAGAUUUGUGAAGUUGAUUGCAAAUGUAGCCAAAUUAAUGUGACGAUUAGCGUCCAAUCAUACGUCACAAUAGUAACAGAAGUCACUUGACAUAUCCUGGGUUCUGUGAUUGGUGGAAAUGUUGUAAAUGAACAGGAGAUGUCAAUCACUCAACUUGUCGGAAAAGAUAGCCUUUUUAUCGGAUGAAGAAAGAUCCAAAUUUUUUACGGUCAAAUUUAGUACAUUUAACGUGACAUUUUUAUUGACGAUUUCACUACAAUUUCAUUCGAUGUUAUCAAAAUGUAUAAUGACAUCAGUAAUUUCUGGCCAUACAUGAAUUCUUAAGGGAACCUCUCCGUAAGUAGGAAACAUGUAGAAGGCGAACACGAAGAAGAGAUGCCCUUUUAAUGGGUCAGACAGCCCUCUAUUCUUUAGUUUAGAACAUGCGCCUGGUACAAAGUCAUUCUUACGCAUGCACUUCAACCCCAGGACGGAGGGUUGCUUCACUCAUUUGAAGAUUAAAACAUUUUUGGAUAGUAUACAACUAAAGAUGAAAUCCUUUAGAAGCUUUUCAAUUUGUAUUACUGCAGCCAUCGAACAGCAGGAAGUGCUUAGACUAAAGAAUAAGUGUGACGCCAAAACUUUUAUUUUUAUUUUGUCUAUCCACGAAGCGUCCUUGAAAGUCUGAAGGUUGCCUUUCAUGGAUCUCCACUAUCCUCUGCAUUUCACUUUUCUCUUUAAUUUUCCAUACCGUAUUCUCUUUAAUGAGCGCCCUCUCUCGUUUAAGCGCCCUCUUUUUGAGCAAAAAUUUGAAUGACCGUCCCUCUGGAAUGAGGGCCCCCCCCCAAAUAGUAUGAAAACAGAUUAAGACCAGCAAAUCGUUGAAAUCGCUAAUUUGAUCCAACAUAAACUCGAGUGAAUGAACUUAAUAAUAAACAGAAAUGUCAGACCUUGGGCAGAAGAACUCAAAUGAAGACACAUCUCGUCUUGAACAGCAAAUGGUUUCGACAGCAACUUUAUUUGUCUGCAGCUUUCGUUGAAUCUCUCUACAAAACUACGCGACACGAUAUUUAUAUGAUUACGUAGGGAAAUGAUUAAAAUGAUGAAAAUAACGGUUCUUUUCUAAAUAAGGUUAAUGUAAAUGUAUUUUAUUUUCUUGACCAACAGAAGUAUGCUAGAAAAGUAACUGAUGCAAUGUAUAUGCACCUGGCACAAGGUACAAUAUCUGAUGCAAUGCCUGCUUGUAACCAUCAUGAUACAGCGCAUUGCGUGGCCCUCCCGAGAAAUCCGACGGAGAGUGGUCUUAAACAUUUUUCAAGUCAGGGUUUUUGGCAGAGAUUUCAUUGUUUUAAUAGUCUGGCGGGCUGUAGUCUGUACUUAAGUGCCAGGAAACAAAGUUUACUGUAUUUCUGGCUCUUCGAAUCGAUUUGUUAGAACACAAGGUUUAUAAGCUGUUUAAAUAAAAAAAACACAAACUUUGGAAUAUAAAUUUUUGUAAAAACAAUGAUCGUUUGAAUGUUCAAAGCUCAGCCUUUUAUUGGUGGAUUUCUGUCUAUUUCAAAUGAGUCCCCUCUCCGAUGAGCGCCCCAUUCUAAUGACCGUCCGCUCCCCUCUCUGAGGCCAAAAAUUAAAUCAGCGCCAUGGGCAACGAGAGAAUACGGUGUUUUUUGGAAUGGGUCUUUAUUUUGAUGUUAUCUUUCCACAUUAUCCGAGUUCUACCCUUUGCUUUUUCGUUGCUUCCUGAGGCUUUUUCAGGCGUAGGUCCUGUCCUCAAUUUAUACGCCAGUCCGAGGCUGUUGAACGCGCCAAAUUCUUUGCCAGCUGCAAGCCUUCAGGUGAAGACAAUUCAAAACUUCAAACAUGUCGGAGGGGAGGAAAGGCCAGUUACAAACCCGAUAUACAAAAAUAAGAAACCUUGGCUCGGGCUCAUUCGGAGAUGUAUGGCUUGUGCGCUCAAACUUUAGUUUCAGAAACUACGUUGUAAAAGAAAUGAAUAAGAAAUGUAAUGAUGAAGAGGAACGGGCAAUGGCGGUAAACGAGGCGAACAUUCUUGCUCAACUCAAGCACAAGAAUAUCGUCCGUUAUAAAGAUGCAUUCUUUGACUGUAACAAGUUUUUUAUCGUUAUGGAAUAUGCAGAUGAUGGGGAUCUUUCAACCAAGAUAAAGAAACAAAAAGGGCGUAAAUUUCAAUCUGCACAAAUUCUUGAUUGGUUUGUUCAAUUGGUAAUGGCAGUUAAAUAUAUUCAUGAUCAAAAGAUCCUUCACAGAGAUCUCAAAUCCCAGAAUGUUUUUCUGACAAUGGCCGGAGUAUUAAAAGUUGGAGACUUUGGCAUAUCAAGAGUCCUUGGUUGCACCUCAGAGUAUGCACAGACUGUUGUUGGUACACCUUAUUAUCUCUCACCGGAAAUAUGUCAGAGAAAGCCUUACAACCAGAAAAGUGAUAUAUGGAGUCUUGGUGUCAUUCUUUAUGAAAUGGCUAUGCUUACUUAUCCAUUCACUGGAAAAGAUCUUUCAGAAUUAGUAUCUCGAAUUCUCCUAGGAAAAUAUGCUCCCAUCGACAGAAUGGUUGACCCAUUGAUACGUGACCUUAUUUUGAUCCUUCUGCAAGUCAACCCAAAAGACCGCGCUUCAGCUGCUGAUAUACUCUGUAUACCAUCGUUCUUAGUUUUUGCAAAGACAUUUGUCACUAAGAUGAAGCAAAGUGAAGCCAGUGCGAGGAAAGACUCUUUUGAAAGCCCUCGAAUUGAGAGGAAGAGAGACAAAGCUUUCAAAUACGACGUAGUAUUCGAUUUGACAGUUGACGAUAGUGACUUGAAGAAAGAUGAGAAGAAAAGUCCGUUUGAAGAAGAUAGUAAUAUGGAGCAAAGACGCAGGCAAGAUUUCUGCAAAGAGAGCGUUAUAAAUACAUCUUUGUCUUCGAAAGAAAAGAGGAAUCAUUGUAUUCGUGGUCAGGGAAGUUUUUCAGUCAAUGAUGAUUUGAACGGUGCUGCUUGUGAACCAGGUGGAUUUCGUCAAUAUCAAGAUACUUCGGAGAAGCGAUUCCACCAAUUUAAAGAUUGUGACUUUGAUGCUGUUUCUGUGGUCACUGUUGAAAGCAAAUACUGCUUUGACUCGCAAAAUAUUGUAGGGAAGAAAAGAAACCAGAAUGGUCCAUCUUAUGAAAGCUCGAAGAAACCUCGCAUUCAUGAAAUCGAUUCUUGGACAAGUUAUCAUUGCAAAGUUGAAGACCUCGGUUCCGUGACGAAUUUCUACGAAUUGAUUCAAUCGUCCUCUUAUAUUGAAGCUGGAGUAAACGGAUCAGAACCACAGAGAAGUUUAUCAAAAGUGAGGGAAACAGAAUCUCAGCAAAAUAUGGAGGACUUCAAAGCUGAGGUUACAAGAAACAUCGAAAACAGGAAAUCGCUUCUAGAUCUUAAAGGAAUGUCUCCAAAAAUGAAAACUAAGCUCUUGGAGAAUGCACGUCGAAAACAUAGUUUUUCUGAAGAGAGCUGCCAAAGGAAUUGCACACGUUUUAGUGAGCAGUUCAAAGAAAAUUUUGCAUCCAAUGAUGUCAAAGCUGCAGACUUCAAUUCUCUAAGUUGUAAAGAAAUGUUUAGCCAUGAAAAUGUCCAAGAACUGCCUUUUAACAUUGAAUCCGGUGAAAACCUUAGAGACGUUAAAACAGAUCGUGAAAUAUUGGUAUUUAUUGAUGAUGAUGAAUUCUAUCAAAUCGUGAAUGAGGGGAUGAGCAACAGAAAUAAACAUCUGAUCAAGAAAACCUACGGAAUACAAAGCUUGGACAACAUGCAAAGUGUUCAGAUAGAAAAUAUUCGCAACAGAAUGAAGCUUUUGCAAAGGACAUUGGAGACCAGAUUUGGCGCUGAGAAAUUGUGUGAUAUUUGCAGAUAUCUCAAAAAAGAGAGACUAGCUUUGUUAGAUGAUCAUGUUCAUAGUCACACCCAAAAAGUCCUGGGACACGAAGCAGAAAGAUCACUGACAAUGAUUUUUGAACUUUUACUGCUUGAAAAGAAGCUAGGAAAAAUUUGUUAUCCAGCCAACGUAGUUACGUUUCCAGAAGUAAGUUAGAUCUGGUAUUCCACUAAAUUUAUUCUUAUAUAAAUAAAUAUUUUUCAAUAGCUUUCAAAAAUGCAUAUUUAUUUUGUAACAUUGAAAAUUAUUCAGAACAUCUUAUUUAUUGAAUCUUAAUUGGUAGGAUUGUGUAAAGGUAUGAAUUUCCCGUUACAUGAGAGUGAAAAGACGAGAGAUUGACGAUCACGUCGCAAAUCUCUAAAUGGCUACAUAAUGUUUUGAAACCCCGAGCUUGAAAUUUACGGAAAACAUCUCUUAAGUCCAGAGAUAUUUAACAGUAGCAAGUGACUGGACAUUUCCAGCAAUUGAUAAUUCAUGAUUUUUAACUAAAAGAGUUUUUCGGUUACCAAGCGUCCCAUUUUGGUUACAAUUUAAUAUAGUGUAUUUAAUUUAUUUGAUUUAAUUUAUUUGAUUAAUAAUUUGAUUAGGUAUAUUUGACAAAGUUUAUUGUAAGAAUAUCAUAUAUUAAUUGUCGCAUUUGUUUUGGAAAGCCAUUCUUCUUUCAUUUGCCAAGCGAUGUGUUCGAAAUGUUCCAGUGUAGAGAGGUGUGUUAGGAGUAUUUAGUUCAAGUUUAUUACCAAACAUUCGACCCCUUUCUGCUUAAAAUGGAGCAUAGGAAAGUCUUUGCUAUUCUAAAUGAUUAUAUGAAUUUGAACUUGCUCAGUUUUCAAUCUCAACCAGCAUCCAACCGCAAGUUUCUAUAAUGUGGCUUUGCCGUCGGGACGAAAUUCAUAUUUGGGGGGGGGGCACCCCAUUGUAUUGCUUUCCAUUCAGUACACUGUUAUA